UCUCCUUCCCUAGGUCUCUGUCUGUCUCUGUCUCUGUGUCUCUCCUCUGUUUCCGCCCCUGUCUCACGGUCUCCCAUCUCUGUGUCUUGCUCUCUCCUCUCUGUGUGUGUCGCCGUGUCCCUCCCCACAGUGUUCCUUUCUCAUCCUUCUCCAUGACAUUGUCCCCCUCCGGGGGUUUCCCCGUCCCCGUCCUCGCUGCAGGCGGAAGGAAGGACUGGCAGCCGGGCUGUUGUGGGAAAGGCCACGGGGUCUCCACUUCUCUCUUUCGGCCUCCUCUCCUGCCCGCGCCCUCGGGGCCUCCAGAGCCCCGCUGGUGGCCGCGAUAGUGAAGGGACCUCCUCCGCCGCCCCAGCCCCCGCUCAGCUCUCCACUGGCCCCGCCAACUGGGUGGGGGAGUCAUACCUGGGGAAGCUGGGGCUUUGACCGGGGGCUGUGCUUCCCCCCUCGGGUGGGACUCCAGUCCCCUGCCUCCCCAAGGUGCUCCUGCCCCAGCUCACGACAGCAGAGCCCGCGGGGUCAUGGCCUCAAGACUCCUGGUGCUCGCCCUCUGUGUGGGCUGCUCACCCUGCAUCGGGAGAGAAGCAGCCCCCACCCAGCCCAGGGUGCGGUGCUGGGCCUCUAGGUACCCAAUGGCCGUGGAUUGCAUCUGGACCCUGCCGGCCUCUCCGCUCCCCACCAGGCCCACUUACUUCAUUGCCACGUACAGGCUGGGCGUGGCUGCCCACGGGGAGAGCCGGCCCUGCCUCCAGCCGACUCCAGAGGCCACCAGCUGCACCAUCCCAGACGUCCAGAUGUUUUCCAUGGUGCCAUACAUACUCAACGUCACGGCUGUGCAGCCCCGGGGCACCAGCAGCAGCUUCGUGCCCUUUGUUCCGGAACACAUCAUCAAACCGGACCCUCCAGAAGGCGUCCGCCUGAGCCCCAUCCCUGGGCAGCGGCUGUGGGUGCAGUGGGAACCCCCCCGGUCCUGGCCCUUCCCGGAGACCUUCUCACUCAAGUACUGGAUCCGAUACAAGCAUCACAGAUCUGCCCGCUUCCGCCAGGUGGGGCCCAUUGAAGCCACAUCCUUCACCCUCAGGGCUUUGAGGCCCCAGGCCAAGUACUGCAUCCAGGUGGCCGCUCAGGACCUCACCGACUAUGGGGAAGUGAGUGACUGGAGUCUCCCUGCCACUGCCUCCAUGAUCUGGGGCAAGUAGCGGGGCUUUCUAGAACCCCCAGAGGAGGGGCUGGGUCCUUGACGUCCAACCCUCCCCCUCCCCCACUGCCGCGGAUGGGACCCAACUGGCCUGGAUUCACUGCUGCUGAGUGGCUGGGCCACUGUGGACAAAUCACUUUGCCCCCCCCCCCCGAGCCUCAGUUUGUCAAUCUGUGAAAUGGGGAUGUACUUCUUUCUUAGAUCCCAGUACAGGGCUUUAUAAACUGUGAA